UGCCUUAGUUACUACACGCGCGUUCUGUAGCCCGGUCGCUUUGCCGCCGUUUUCAGUGUCAAUAAUAGUCGUUUCCACCGGUUCUCGUACGAUUUGUGGCCAAACUGGAUUUGUACGGAGCAUUUUUAGAAGAAUCGAAGCAUUUUAGCUGUUUGUAAAGCUAUAUCGAGCGGGUGUUUGUAAACUGGUAGCUCGCUCUAGCGGCGAGCGCGGUGAAACAGCCGGCGGGGCGCGCGGGGCGGGAGCUUCCUCCCCCUGCUUCAGUCUCUGCGCAGCACUCGAGGAGGUACGACGUGUGUCGAGCGACGAGCCAUCACACCGCUCGCGCGGCAACUACGAUCAGUGACAGUGUCGUAAAAAAGUGAAUUGAACAGAAAAUGCGUAUCGGAUUGCAGUGCCCACAUUAUUGGAUGCAGUGAACGGAUCACACACAUUGGAUUGCAGUGUUUUUUGGAUUGUACUUUUUAAUCAGCAAAACUGGGGAUGCAUAAGAUGGAACUUGGAGACAGCGUGUACGCCGCUGAGCGUAUAAUGAAGAAGAGAAUUAGAAAGAGCAAGGUGGAGUACUACGUGAAAUGGAAAGGCUGGAAGCCCAAGCACAACACCUGGGAACCGGAGGAGAACAUCCUGGACCCGCGGCUCAUCCAGAGCUUCGAGCGCGGCGAGGAGCUGCGGCGGCAGGGGCGGCGGCGCGAGCGCGAGCUGUCCCCCGAGCGCCGCUCGCCCUCCGCCGAGCCCGCGCCGCCCAAGCGCAAGGCCGAGGUGCUGCGCGAGUCCGGCAAGAUCGGCGUCACCAUCACCAUGAGCCCGCCUGGCAAGCGCCACGACAAGCCGCGCCCCGCGCCACCGCCCGCCGCGCCCGGCGGCGCCCCCGCGCCCGCCUCCCCCGCCGCCGAGGCCGCCGCGCCGCGCUCCGGCCCGCGCCGCGCGCCGCACUCGCCGGAGGAGGCCGACGCGCACACGCCGCCCGAGCGCCGCACCGACACGCAGCCCGCCGCCGCCGCUCCCGCCGAGCCCCGCGGCGCGCGCCCCCCGCCCCCCGCGCCCGCACCCGCCGACGACCCCAAGCGGACCGAGGAGCCGGCCCCCGCCCCCGCCCCCGCGCCCGCGCCCGCGCCCCCCGCGCCGCGCCGCACUGCCGCCUUCUGGCUGGCGCGCUCGCCGGUGGCGGACCAGAUCUUCAUCACGGACGUGACGGUGAACCUGCAGACCGUCACCAUCCGCGAGUGCCGCACGGAGAAGGGCUUCUUCAAGAGCCGCGAGGCGCCGGCGCCGCCGCCCAGCCUGGACGUCACGUAGGCGCCGCCCCCGCCCCCGCCCGCCCUCGCACCCGCGGGAAACACUAGUGAGAUGUCUUCGACAGUGUACAGAUGUAGUUAGUAUUUAUUUAGUGUAGUAUAAAUUAUUAUUUUGUUGCGAAUCGCAACAAGUUGCAAGUGAAUGGACCGAGUGACUACAUGCUAAUGCGAACAUUGUUGGUUUGCUUAAGAAGUUAGAGAAAUAUAAUAUAAUGCUACUGAUGAUGUGAUGUACGUGAAGUAUAGACCUACUGGUGGAGAGUCAAAAUGUAGGCACUUUAUAAAUUAAUAUUUUAAUAAGAUUUUAAUACAAUUCCCACAUUCCCCAUAAUCUGUUCAUGACUGAGAAGAUAAUAAUACUUAUUGCUGUUAUUUUAAUAAUUUAGUUUUUUUAGAACUUCUCUAAUACUCAAACUUAUUUUUGUAUAAUGCAUAAUAUUAUUUGAUAUCCCGUAACCCCUAUUCCUGGUAAUCCUAUACCAACAGGACUUUAAUAGAUUGACGAGUAUUAGGUCUUUAUCAAUCAAUUCAAUAGUAAUUAUAUAGAAAUUUUAAACAAAAAGCAAUGCUGAUAUUGGUACAAAUCCGGUAGAUUACCUAUCAUAAACUAUACUUAAUUAAAUUAUGCUGAUUGAUGUAUUAUUUCUGGAUUGGACUGUAUUUCUCAAUUUUAUUUUAAUUUGUAAUGCCUACCUAAUUGUUAUUGUUAUUUAUUUGUCUAAAUAAUUUUCGAAUAUUCCGUUAUAGCGAUGCACUGUAGCUAGUAGUAAAAUCCUGCAUAAUUUUGUUUAAUUAACGAUAGUAGGUACCUAAAAUAAUUUGUCAUCUUAUUUUUAGUAAGUAUUUAAUCCAUGGAAAAAUCCUAAGCAUUAUUAAAGUUGUCAUUGGAUACAAUUGGCUUCAGGUUAAGGUGAUACCUGUCAAGAGAAAACAGUUCAUCAUACAUAAGAGGCUAGUUGGUUGAUACAUAACUGAUUAUCCGUAUAGGGUACGGGUCAGUUAUGUUUAUAUGUAUUGUUUAUUUUUUUAUGAUAUCAAUGAAGCUGAAUAUUUUAUUUUUUAUAAUUUCACAUAAACUUCAGUACCUAACCACUAUAUAGAAGGUUAAACUGUAAACCACCAUAAUGUCAUUUUGUAAGAAGAAAUACAUAUUUUGUAUCUAUAAA